GAACUCUUUCCCGCUUCGCGCUGCUUUCCUUCCCGCAGGCUCGUCGGAGCCGCGGGGCUGUGAGGUCGCCGGGACGUUUCCCGAGAGAAACUUCGGCCCUUCCCAUCAUGGCGGCGCGGCAGCUCCCCUCACGCCGUGCGUCCUCCCCUCCCCCCUCGGCCUGGUGGUGGUGGUGCUGCCGCCGCCGCUGGACUCGAGUGCCGCCUGCCCGCCUGUGGUAGGCCCGUGUGGAAGCGCGCGCCUUCCUGCUUUUCCCGCUCCCGCCACUGCGGCGGCGGCGGCGACGACGACGCCUCAGCCGGGCCCCCCUCAGUGCCGCGCCCGUUUCUCUCAGCCGGGCGCGGAAGGCCCGAGGGGGGGUGGGGGCGCGCGUCCGCUCCUUCCCUUCCUCCCGCGCUCCCGCGUGUGCGGGUCUCCCGCGCCCAGCCGCCGCAGCCGCCCUCCUCCUGCUCCUGCUCCUCCUCGUCGCCGCUUCCCGCCGAGGCGGCUCCACGGCGCAGGCCCGCUGGAGCGCAGCCGCUCUGAGUAGCUAUUGAUGGAGGAACACACGGUGACCCAGACGGAGCACAUGGCCACCAUUGAGGCCCAUGCGGUGGCCCAGCAGGUGCAGCAGGUCCAUGUGGCUACCUACACGGAGCACAGCAUGCUCAGUGCAGAUGAAGACUCGCCAUCUUCUCCUGAAGACACCUCCUACGAUGACUCGGACAUUCUCAACUCCACGGCUACCGAUGAGGUGACUGCCCACCUGGCCGCGGCUGGCCCAGUGGGAAUGGCAGCUGCCGCUGCCGUGGCAACGGGUAAAAAAAGGAAACGCCCUCACAUUUUCGAGUCCAACCCCUCGAUCCGCAAGAGGCAGCAGACACGUUUGUUACGGAAGCUUCGCGCCACGCUGGACGAAUACACCACCCGCGUAGGGCAGCAGGCCAUCGUCUUGUGCAUUUCGCCUUCCAAGCCCAACCCUGUUUUUAAAGUGUUUGGUGCGGCACCACUAGAGAAUGUGGUGCGCAAGUACAAGAGCAUGAUCCUGGAAGACCUGGAGUCAGCCCUGUUGGAACACGCACCUGCGCCACAAGAGGUUAACUCCGAGCUGCCGCCUCUAACCAUUGAUGGGAUUCCAGUCUCUGUGGACAAGAUGACCCAGGCACAGCUACGGGCCUUCAUCCCUGAAAUGCUGAAAUACUCAACGGGUCGUGGGAAGCCAGGCUGGGGAAAGGAGAGCUGCAAACCAGUUUGGUGGCCCGAAGAUAUCCCGUGGGCCAAUGUCCGCAGUGACGUCCGGACAGAGGAGCAGAAGCAGAGGGUGUGUGUUGAUGAAUGUCCUCUUCCUUCAGCAAAGGGCUCUUCCUUGGUGUCUUGGACUCAGGCACUGCGGACUAUUGUGAAGAACUGCUACAAACAGCAUGGCCGUGAGGACCUGUUGUACGCUUUUGAGGAUCAGCAGACACAGCCUGCAACAGCCACACACAGUAUAGCACAUCUGGUACCAUCCCAAACAGUGGUCCAGACAUUCAGCAAUCCUGACGGCACAGUCUCUCUCAUCCAGGUUGGCACAGGAGCUACGGUGGCCACCUUGGCAGAUGCCUCUGAAUUGCCUACCACUGUCACAGUCGCACAAGUCAACUACUCUGCAGUAACUGACGGAGAGGUGGAGCAGAACUGGGCAACGCUACAGGGGGGAGAGAUGACCAUCCAGACAACACAGGCCUCAGAAGCCACGCAGGCAGUGGCGUCCCUGGCAGAAGCCGCAGUGGCGGCAUCGCAAGAGAUGCAGCAAGGCGCAACAGUCACCAUGGCCCUCAACAGUGAAGCGGCUGCCCAUGCUGUAGCCACGCUUGCGGAAGCCACCCUUCAAGGUGGAGGGCAAAUUGUCUUGUCCGGCGAAACUGCAGCAGCUGUGGGUGCACUCACCGGGGUUCAAGAUGCGAAUGGGCUCGUCCAGAUCCCCGUGAGUAUGUACCAGACGGUGGUAACCAGCCUUGCACAGGGGAAUGGCCCUGUCCAGGUCGCCAUGGCGCCCGUGGCCGCACGGAUAACAGACAGCACCGUCACCAUGGACGGCCAGGCGGUGGAAGUUGUGACGUUGGAACAGUGAUGGCAAAGCGGCAGGAUCAUGAUGCUGCAGCUUCCUCCUCUCUUGUGCAAAUAGUUUUUUCUACGCCUCUGUGGAGAUGCAAUCAGGUGGCAUUUGAGUCUUGCAGAUUUGGAAGCGAAAGAUUUUGUUAACAAAAAGGGGGGGAAUGGAGAGAGCAAAGGGGGGUAUAUUGGAGCAUGGCCUUACAGUGCCUCUCUGGCCUUGCGAGACUGAGAAGGCCUGACUGGGACAGGCUAAGCCAAGCCUUCCUCUCCCACUGCAUGGACCACCCUUCCUUAAAGGCGGGUUGAGAUCUGAACGGGUUUAUUGCCCUCCCUUCUCAGGGCUGGGGGUCCAUGGUAGGACUCCCUGCAGACUUUCAUGGCCCCAGCCUUGCAGAGGCUCCCAGAGGCCAGGCUCUUCUGCUGUCCUUGUGUUGAGAAUUAGGUGUCAUUUUAACAUGAACGUACAUUUAAAAAAAGAGAGAGCAAGGUUUGAAAAGACAAAUUGGGAAAAGACUACUUUUUUUCCUUGAGAAGGCAUUAAAAGAGUAAGAAUCUCCUGGAGGAGAUGGCGAGGGCUGUGAUCUAUUGACUCUGGAUCCCAUAAGGAAGGGAAGGGCCUUCCUUCCUUCCAUAGCUCUUUGGUGACCUGUCGAAGCAGAUCCUGCCCUCCCUCCUUCCUUUUUAAGUCCACACUUGAAGCUCCCCCACCCCAAAACCUUUUCCUUUCCCCACGGAUAAAUUUUGCUUGCAUUUUUUAAGAACCUCUUUCCUUGGAAUGACACGCUCAGAAAGGCGUAAGGGAGCCAUGAAGGAAGGGCCCUGAGGGUGUUGGACAGGGACACAGACAACACUUCUGCCCACCUUCCCUGGCUGUCCACUGGACCCUCUUUGGCCUCGUGGCUGAGAUAUUGGCCGUUGGCUAUUGGUGGCAGGUUCUGGUGAGGGACUUCUGGGUCAUAAGCCAGAUAUUUCCCCCCUCCGCCCUUCUAACGCCUGCACUUGCUCCAUGAAACUGCAAACUGCUCUUUCCAACACCACAUCAGCCAUUCUCACUUUGAUUUCCUUUUUGUCACAUCGCACCCUGUACAGCUGCUCAGCCUGGCCAGAAACCUGUCCAAUAUCCCCCUUCUCACUAGGUGGGCCAUUCAGACUAUCUCAAGCCCACCACACAAGCCCAACAGUGCACAUCCCUUCCCAUUGCCAAGGAGGCAUCUGUGCACCUUGGUCAGCAGCUCAACAUCAAGUGCCAGCAGCUCUUUGUGCUGCGCACAGGCGCAUGAUCAAGUGUCGUGAAGUGAUGUAGGUUGCAAGGCUGGGCACCAGCAGUCACUAUACAGAGUAGGUCAAUGGAAAGGUGAUGGCCCCAGGAAGGUGGCCCAGAGGGUGGGCUGUCCCGUCCCACAGCUGUGUUGAGCAGCCUCUCCCCAGGACGUUUUCAGUAGCUGAUUUUUACUUGGCUCACACUGGCCCCUCGCUAAGCAAAACUCUGUCAUUGCCACACAGAUGGGGAUCACCCUCUUUUCUUAAUGCAGUGCCCCCUCCAACUGGGACAGCGCACCGUGUUUCAUUUUACUCCUUGUUUCAUUUUAUGCAGUCAUUUCCACACUUCUCCAUGGCCGUCUCAACCUUUUGAGGCAGGACUUUGCUUUUUCGAGGUUCUUGUAUUUAACUUCAGCUUUUUUUUAAUGGAAAAUCUCAAAUGUAUACUCCCCUCAUCCACCCUACCCCUGGACUUAAAUUGAGGGGAGGGAAUUCUUCCCAUAGAAACAAAACCCAGGUCUCCAAUUUAAUUUUUAAAAAAAUAUUAUUUUUUAUUAUUGUCGUCGUGAAGAUGUCAGGUGUGACUUUAAAGUCAAUGUUCCUUUUUUUGGCAAUGGAAUAACGUUCUGAUAGACUGAGACAUUACUCCCCAAGACCCAAAGAAAAACCGUCCUCGUUUCCAGCCGCCGCCCCCCCCUCCUGUAGCAGAGCAUGGAAGUUCCUGCUGUUUUCCCCAAUUCUGUCUAUUGCCUCAUUCAAUAAAUUGUUACAGACGUGUCUAUAA